AGAGAGAGAGAGAGAGAGAGAGAGAGAGAGAUUGGGGUUGGUGGGUAGGAGGAGGGGGAUCGAAAUAGGUAGGUUGAUGUUUUUGUAGUGUUGUUCCUAGCGUUUUUCUAGUUUACGGUGAGGCAAGGGGGAGAGGGUAAAGAAGAGAGAAGAAAACACGCACAAACACAAUGUUUGAUGGAUUACCAGACCAGUUCCACCAAUUCAUAGUCUCAAGACCUUCACUUCCUCUCCCUCUUUCCUUUCCUCUCCACGCAUCUUCAUCCCCAAUUACCACCUUACCCGCUCCCUACGAUCCUUACAACCCUUCUCAUCAUCAUCUCCCCGCCCUCCAACCAACCCUUUUGCACCCCUUGCACCACAAAGAUCAUCAUCAUGAACACAAACAACAACAACAACAACAACAACAAAACAACUUCCCCUCUAUGAAUUUGGAGAUCAUUCAAAGAGAUCAUCAAAGAUCAUCAAUCUCCGACGACCCACCCGAUCCAUGGACUAACGACGAGGUUCUUGCACUCUUGAGAAUCAGAUCCACCGUCGAGAAUUGGAUCCCCGAUUUCACUUGGGAACAUGUCUCCAGGAAAUUAGCAGAGCUUGGUUUCAAGAGGAGUGCGGAGAAGUGCAAGGAGAAAUACGAAGAGGAGAGUAGAUAUUUCAAUAACAACAUUAACUACACCAAGAACUACAGGUUUCUCAGCGAGCUUGAAGAGCUAUAUCAUGGCGACCAGAAGACGGAAAAACCAGACAACCUGGGGCAGAGUUUGGAACAAUUUGAGGAUAGUGAAGACGUGGCGGGAAAGACGUCAUCAAAGAGCAAAAAGAGGAAGAGGAAGAAGAAGUUCGAGAUGCUCAAGGGCUUAUGCGAGAAAAUUGUGAGCAACAUGAUGGCUAAGCAAGAGGAAAUGCAUAACAAGCUUAUUCAAGAUAUGGUAAAGAGAGAAGAAGAAAAGGUUGCAAAAGAAGAAGCUUGGAAGAAGAAAGAGAUGGAUAGGUUGAACACAGAGCUUGAAAUCAUGGCGCACGAACAGGCUAUUGCCGGCGACAGACAGACUACAAUCAUCGAAUUGUUGAAGCAGUUCACGUCAAGUAAUUCUUCUAGAAGCCAUUGCUUUGAAGAGAGAGUACAUGUACAGGAACAGGAUUCGUCUCUCAAGCCAUCUUCCUUAAUUCAAGAACAAAACGACACAGCCGAACCGCCCCCUUCAUCUACAACAACAAAAACCCUAUCCCCUCAAAGCCCUAAUUCUCUCAAAGAUGUCGACCUCGGAAAGAGAUGGCCGAGAGAUGAAGUCUUGGCGCUCAUAAACCUGAGAUGCGCUCUGUAUAAUAGCAAUGGCGAUCAGGAGAAGGAGCCGACAAAGGCUCCUCUGUGGGAGAGAAUCUCGCAAGGGAUGUUGGAGAUGGGUUACAAGAGGAGUGCAAAGAGGUGCAAAGAGAAAUGGGAGAACAUAAACAAGUACUUCAGGAAAACUAAGGAUGUCAACAAAAAGAGGUCGCUUGAUUCCAGAACAUGCCCUUAUUAUCAUCAGCUCACUGCUCUGUACAAUCAAGGCACGCUUGUUGCGCCCUCCGAAGCGCCGGAAAACAGCUUGUCUGCGUCGAAAAACCACUUGGCCGCGGUACCCGAAAUCGUGUCCGGUAAUUCGACUAUACACGUUGCUGAAGGUGAGAAAAAUAUGGUUCAAGCAGUACUACCGUCUUUUGAUUUUGAAUUCUAAAUUAUUAUUAUUAUUAUUAUUAUUAUUAUUAUUAUGCAAUAUUAAAUGUGUGUUAUUUAAUUAUUGUAUUUUUAAAUGAUAGUGAAACUAAUAAAACGGUACUACUUUUUUUCUUUUCUUUCA